UAUAUAUAUAUAUAUAUCGCGGUCAUUUUCAACUAAGUUCUUACCCUUCGCUUUGUUCAGCUUGCAGGUCUUGUUGAGUAGAUAACAUGGAGCCUCAGUGUGCAAUCAAGAAAGAUGCCACUGAAUUAAUUGGGAAUACCCCAAUGGUAUAUCUGAACAACAUUGUGGACGGGUGUGUAGCCCGUAUUGCUGCUAAGCUAGAGUACAUGCAACCUGGCUCUAGUGUCAAGGAUAGGAUAGCCUUGAGUAUGAUUGAAGAUGCUGAGAAUAAAGGCCUUAUUACACCUGGAAAGGUUAGUAAUGUUGAGAGUGUUCUUGUUGAGGCUACAAGUGGUAAUACCGGCAUUGGAUUGGCAUGUAUAGCAGCAUUAAAGGGCUAUAAACUUUUAGUGGCUAUGCCAUCUUAUGUGAGUCUUGAGAGAAGAAUUGUACUGCUAGCCUUUGGAGCUGAGGUAUAUCUGACAGACCCUGCCAAAGGAAUUGAUGGGAUUUUUCAGAAAACGGAAGAGCUAAUAGCCAAGACGCCUGGUAGUUAUAUGCUCCACCAAUUUGAAAAUCAUGCCAAUCCAAAGAUUCAUUAUGAGACCACUGGCCCUGAGAUUUGGAAAGAUUCGGGAGGGAAAAUUGAUGCUUUGGUUGCAGGGAUAGGAACCGCGGGAACAAUAACGGGUACUGGGAAUUUCCUCAAGGAGAAAAACCCGGAUAUUAAGGUGUAUGGUGUAGAACCAGCUGAAAGUGCAGUUCUAAAUGGAGGACAGCCAGGUAAGCACCUAAUUCAAGGGAUUGGUGCUGGUAUCAUUCCCACCAUUCUGGAUGUUAAUCUCCUAGAUGAAGUUAUUCAGGUUUCAAGUGAAGAAGCUAUAGAAACUGCUAAGCUGCUUGCCUUGAAAGAAGGUUUACUGAUGGGAAUUUCAUCAGGAGCUGCAGCAGCAGCUGCAAUUAAGUUGGGGAAGAGACCAGAAAAUGCAGGAAAGCUCAUUGUUGUGAUUUUUCCCAGUUAUGGAGAGCGUUACUUAUCUUCACCGCUGUUUGAAUCCAUUAGGCAUGAAGCUGAACAAAUGACAUUUGACUAAGAUGAACAAAUGGCUUAUAUAAGUACUAAGUAAUUGUUUGUUAAGCAAGCCCUACUGUCAUAAGUGCGCUCUAAAAUAAGUUGAAUAACGUUUGGGAUAGACACUUUGUAAAGUGCUUGUGUAGAAAUGUGAUUUUAAUAAAUCCUUAUUAUAAAAACAGAUAACUGCUUAUUU